AUGGAUCGCCUCAACCGGAUGCUACAGGCCGCACAGGGCAUGGGCAUGGGAAGUGCUGCCCCUGGUGGUGAUACACCAAACCUGAUCGAUAACUCCGAAACCGUCUACAUCUCGUCUUUGGCUCUUUUGAAGAUGUUACGGCAUGGCCGUGCCGGUGUGCCGAUGGAGGUCAUGGGGCUAAUGCUGGGCGAGUUUGUCGAUGAAUACACGGUUCGAGUGGUGGAUGUCUUUGCAAUGCCCCAGAGCGGUACGGGUGUCAGUGUCGAGGCCGUGGAUCCGGUGUUCCAGACCAAGAUGAUGGAGAUGCUCCGGCAGACAGGACGACCAGAAACGGUCGUUGGCUGGUACCACUCCCACCCUGGUUUCGGGUGCUGGCUUUCCUCGGUUGAUAUCAACACCCAGCAAUCCUUUGAGCAGUUGACGCCGCGGGCUGUUGCCGUCGUCGUUGAUCCUAUUCAGUCCGUCAAGGGCAAGGUGGUGAUCGACGCCUUCCGUCUCAUUCAGCCCCAGACUGUGGUGAUGGGACAGGAGCCCCGGCAGACUACGUCGAACUUGGGUCAUCUGAACAAGCCUUCGAUCCAGGCUCUUAUCCACGGACUCAACCGUCACUACUACAGCAUCGCCAUCCAAUACCGCAAGACCGGACUGGAGGAGAACAUGCUGAUGAACCUGCACAAGCAGGUAUGGACCGAGGCUCUGCAAAUGAACGAUUUCCAUGAGGAGGGUCAGCACAACGUCGACCAAAUGAAGCAGCUCGUAAGCCUUGCAGAGGGCUAUGAGAAGCGCAUCAAGGAAGAGACCGAGUUGAGCAAGGACCAGCUAAAGACACGAUAUGUGGGCAAGGUUGAUCCCAAGAAGCACAUCGAAGAUGUGAGCCAGCAAUUGAUCGAAGACAAUAUCGUUGCGGUAUCCAAGCAGAUGAUCGAUAAAGAGGCCUCGGUGGCGCGGCAAUCGGGGAAGGAGGGCACGAAUGGUGCCGUCAUGGAAGUGGACGAAGACCUGUAG